AUGGAAUCAGGCGGGGUGGCGGCGAGGGAGAACCGAAUGGCGGCCUUCGCGGGGAAGUGGGAGGCGUUCGGGCAGACCAAGGUUGCGGCGCUGAAGGCGGCUGUGGCGCAGGGCGUGGCGCAGAGCCAGCAGAUGUUCGAGAAGGAAAAGCCGGCUCUGCUGACGCCCGUCGAGCAAGAAGCCAAGGCGGACGUGGCGGAGGAGGGCGCGACGGGCAAGGUGUACCGAACUGCAUUCCAUGACAAACACGGCCGCCCAGUCGUGGUGCUCUCUGCCGGCCAGCAGAACACCAAUAACCACGCGGGGCAGGUGCGGCAUCUCGUGCACUGUCUUGAGAACGCCGUCAUGAACCUGCCGGCCACUGCCCGCGAGCAGCAGCAGCUGCAGCAGCAAGAUGGUGUGGAGCAGGGAGAGGAGCAGGGGGAGCAGAAGCAGAUGGUGUGGCUGAUUGACUUCCGCGGGUGGAGCAUGCGCAAGGCCCCGCCGCUCAAGACGUCUCGCGAGGUGCUGAGCAUUCUGCAGAGCCACUACCCGGAGAGGCUCGGCGCUGCUGUCAUCUACAACCCGCCCGCUGUCUUUGAGGCCUUCUGGAAGGUGAUCCGCCCAUUCAUAGACCCGGUGACAUUCAACAAGAUCCUCUUUGUCAACCCAUCCAAGCCCGACAUGGUGAAAAGGCUCGAGGGAAUCUUCGACCUGGACCGCCUUGAGGAGGCGUUUGGGGGGCGGUCCAAGUGGACCUAUGACCAUGCGAGAUAUGGCGAGAUGAUGGCACGGGAUGACGAGAAGACGGCAGAGUACUGGGGGAUAGUGGAGGGGGAGCGCGACCAACGUGGCCCCAAUAACACUCGACUAGUGGCUGGUGAGGUGUAG